CUCAGACGGAGCAGCCGCCUCUGCAAUGUCAGCAGCCGCAGCGGCGGCGGCGACGCGAGCGGCAGCGGCCGGGGCCCCGCGGUAGCCGCCAGCGCGGCACGGUCCGGCGGGCGCGCACGGCGCGAGCCCGCGGCCACCUAGCUGCCUCCGGGGCGCUGCGGACGGCUGUACGCGCCCCGGCGCGGCGCUCGGACUCCAGGCCGGUCCGGCCGCGGCCGCGCACAAAGGACCGCGGACGCCGGGCUCCCGGGGGCUGCGCCCAGGGACCGGCCGGGGAAGGGGGCGGGGGGGACGACCAGCCGCUGCCGCGUCCCCUCCACGCCUCCCCUCGCCUGGCGUCCGGAGCCCGAGCCGGAGCGGGCCCCGUCAUAUGACAGCGGCGACACCGCGGCCGGCGAGCGCGCGUGCUGCCCACUCGGCUGCGCCACGGCCGCCGGCGCCGGGGGUGGCCCGCGCCGCGCCCCGCUGAGCGCUCGUCCGUCGCCGCCGCCCCGCGCCCCCCGCGCCCCGACUCUCGGGCCCCGGGGGCAGGAGCCGAGGGGAGCCCCCCGCCGGCGCCGAGCCUAAAAUGGCCACGCUGCUCCGCAAAAUCGGGCUCAUCCGCCUGCACAAUCGGGACACCGAGGACCCCAAGCACCACCACAACCACCGCGGCGGCGGCGGCGGCCAGCAGAGCGCGUCGCUGCGCGGCAAGGGCGGUGCCAAGAGCGGCGGCCACAAGCAGCAGCAGCAGCAGCAGCAGCAGCCCGGGGGCGCGGGCGACGCGAGCCCCGGGCCCGGCAAGGGCAAGGGCAAGCGCGCGGCGGAGCCGGCCCCGCACGACAAGCCGCCGCAGCCGGCGGCGGGGGCGGCGGGCGCCGGGGGCCCCCGGGAGCGGGCGGCGGGCGCCAGGGCGGGGCCGGGCCCGGCGGCGGCGGCGGCGGCGGCGGCGACGGCGGGCGGCAGCCUGGUGCCCGCGGCGCGCCAGCAGCACUGCACGCAGGUGCGCAGCCGGCGGCUCAUGAAGGAGCUGCAGGACAUCGCGCGCCUCAGCGACCGCUUCAUCUCGGUGGAGCUGGUGGACGAGAGCCUCUUCGACUGGAACGUGAAGCUGCACCAGGUGGACAAGGACUCGGUGCUGUGGCAGGACAUGAAGGAGACCAACACCGAGUUCAUCCUGCUCAACCUCACCUUCCCCGACAACUUCCCCUUCUCGCCGCCCUUCAUGCGGGUGCUCAGCCCGCGCCUGGAGAACGGCUACGUGCUGGACGGCGGCGCCAUCUGCAUGGAGCUGCUCACGCCGCGCGGCUGGUCCAGCGCCUACACCGUGGAGGCCGUCAUGCGCCAGUUCGCCGCCAGCCUGGUCAAGGGCCAGGGACGGAUCUGUAGAAAGGCCGGCAAAUCAAAAAAGUCCUUCAGCCGCAAGGAAGCCGAAGCUACCUUUAAAAGUUUGGUGAAGACGCAUGAAAAGUACGGCUGGGUCACCCCACCCGUGUCCGACGGCUGAUGUCCCCGGUGACGUGCAGUAGACUCUUCAGCCACCUGUCCACACACACACACGAAUUCCCGACAUCUCCUCCUCAACGCCGAGCAUCCCCCAUCCUUUUCUACUCUGCAGCCGGAACUGAAUCCUGAAUGCCAAGGAGACGUUUAAGUUAUUUAUGAACAGAUGUGUUUACAGGGAGAACGAGGGAGCGAACGCUGUUCGGGAUUAGGUUUCGAUUGUAAAUGAGCGGCCAUCUCGAAGUCACUUUAGAACACAUGUUGAGAUGGUGCCAUCCCCCAACCCGCCUGCCCCUGUGCCUGCCCCUCGCACUGCCCUUAGCUUCUUCCCAGACAGUGGCCCCGAAGAGCAGGCAGGAGAGCCAGUGCCUGCUGCUCGCCCACUUCCAUGUACGUGGUACCGUUCUUGUUUCCUAGGAACGCCCCGCAUCGCUGUGCUCUGUGUCUGUUUCUCUCCCCGGCAGGUCAGCAUAACUUGGAGACGUGUCUUUCUGUGGCCCCGUGUGACGAUAUGUAGACCUCAUUUGUGCUAUGACCUUCGGCUCCUGAAAACACGAACUUAAUAUCGCCAAGUUCUAGAGAUGGAAAAUGACAGAUGCCCCCCGGCGAGAAUGUGCUUUCUCUGCCUCCGCAGUGGUGGGCACCUGUCCACAGAUAACCAGCACCCCGAGACGAGAGGCAGGGGUGCUGUGGCCACCGUGGGCGCACAACGGUUCAGAUGCCGGGUGCACGCUCCCCAGGGCUCCGACGUUGGGACAGCCUCUUCAGUAUUCUGGAACGUUCCUCCGACGCUGCAUCGUGCUCCUAUCUUCUCUCAGCUCGUCAACCCACCACCAAAAGCAAAAGACAAUUUCCCAUUCACUGAAGUCAUCUGACUCAUUUUAUUAUCUGUGCUAGUGACAGGGAAUCCGAGAACCGCCAAGGGUACCAAGUGACCAUACGAGGACUUGCAUGACCGGGUCUGUUUCCUCACCUUCAAGUCACUUGUGUGUCCCGGGGAGGGGAGGGGGGGGCCGGGCUGCGUGAUGCGCGAGCACCCUCGCUGUGAUAUCAACUUCCUGUUAUUUAAUCUCCCACAGUUCAUUUUUCUCUUCUGUUAAGUUCCUUAGAACUUUCUAAGAAGUUCCAUGAAAUGAGGAAAUACUGUUUAUAACAAUACGUGGGAAGAGGUUAAAAUGUUCAUUCCAGGUGGAAAAAUCUUAUUGGACACAUUUUAAAUAAAAUCAUGCAUACCUGA